UAAAUUUAAAUAGAUUUCUCGCUUUUCAAUAAAAUAAAUACUUCAGAAAUCAUCAAAAUGUCCUCAAUAGCUUUGGACAAUCCAUUAGACCUGAGAGAAUUAUUUACAACUGGGUCUGUACUAGAAAUUAAUGAAGAAUACGACAAUGGAGAACAUCGUAUAGAAACUGAAGAUACUCAUGAGAAGAAGAUUGAUAUUUUUGGAGAACCAGUGACUUCGUUAGAAGACUUGGUGAAACAGUUGACACCUGUUGAUGAGGAUGAAUAUGUUAAGAAGAAAAUAAUGGAAGAAGGUGGAGGGCUACCAUUACACAAUGGAUGUACAGUCUCAGUAAUAUAUUCUGCAUAUUUUGAGGGUAGUUCAGAACCCUUCGAUGUAAAUUGUGGCAAACCACUGGUUGUUAAUUUAGAUGAUUCAGGUCUGUUACCUGGCCUGGAAAUAGCUGUAAAGUCAAUGUUAGUUGGAGAAGUGGCAGUUUUUGUGUUGAGCUAUCAAGUUAUGUAUGGAGAAUUGGGAGUUCCACCAAGAAUUAAACCUAAAGCUGACUGUAUAUUUUACAUAAAAUUGAUCAAAAGCUUAGUAACUCCAGAGGAAGGGCCUAUUAAUUUUUCAGAACAAAAUAUAUUUCAAAGGGUUCGUGCUGAGGUAACAACUUUGUUCAAGUCGGGAUUAGUAUUACACAAAGCAAGAAAUUAUUCAGUUGCUGCACAACUAUUUAGGAAAGGAGUUGCAUUGCUACAUAAAUGCAGAUUAGCCGAUGAGGAAGAAGAAAAGAUUCAGCAAAAGUCACUUUUAAGAUUAUACCUAAAUUUAGCUGUUUGCUACAAUAAAUUGAAGCAGCCAUUAAAAGCUUGCAUUUCAUGUAACGAGCUAAACAGACUAAACGGUCUAUGGAAUAAUGGUAAAGCUUUGUACCAAAAUGGUAUGGCCUUGAGAAUGAUUGGUCAAUUUGAUGCGGCAAGUAAAAGAUUACAAAGAGCAUUAAAGUUAAAUCCUGAUAAUUCAAAAAUUCAAGAAGAAAUCGCCCUAGUUAACAAAUUACGAGACUCUUGUAGUCAAAUACAACUUAUUGAUAAGAGUUCUUCUACAAUAGGAGAGGAUUUUAAACAAGAAGUUGAAAGGGUAGUGAAACAGUUUAAGGAAAAUCCUAAUUUGUGCAAACUAACAUUACCUGCAGGUUUAAAUGAAUCUGAGAUUGAAUAUAUAAAAAGUGUUUGCGAAAAAGAAAACUUGUUUUGUAACAAAGUCCAGAAGAAUUAUCUUUUAGAUAAGGAAACAGAAAACCUUCCAGUGGAGACUGAUGUUGAUAUAUUUUUGUAAUCCAUACUAUAUGUAGUAUUAGUGGAACCAUGUUGAAUUAUAAGGAAAAUAAAAUG